UUCGUCCGCCAACUCGGCUUUCCGCUCGUUGUGAUUGAUAGCUUGUCUCCCACUCCUUCGUUCUCGUCGUCCCUCUUUCCGUGUCUAUAUUCGGUGUCAAUCGCCAAGAUGAUGUUCAAACCCUCGUCGCCCCUCUUCUCGGGUCUUCUUUGGAAGAUCCCGUGGCGUCUCUCCCAACCUCAGAAGGCUCGUCAGAGGAAGCGCCUCCGUGGCGUUGACCGGGUUGUCGACACCGUCUCCGCCGCGCUGGAGCGCAAUGGAUACACCACCAAGGCCGUCGAGCGCUGGUACAGGGAAAUGCCUCGCGAAGAGGAGAUGCUGCCCAAGGACAAGUACACACUGUUCGACAAGAAGGAGAAGAAGUACCGCAAGGGCAUUCACAAGCUACCCAAGUGGACCCGUGUCAGCCAGAGAGUGAACCCUCCGGGUUUCUAAACAGCUUAUACACGCAGACUGUGUUGGGAAGCUGGCAAUCGCCUUUUACAUAUUUGUACCUGCAUUAUUCAACUGUACUAUACACCACACGCUGUGUCUGCCGCGAUGCUCUAUAAGAAGCCUCGUGGAAGGCACGGAAAGGAUUACCGGAGUUUUCGGCAACUGGGGAAUGACACUAUGACUGCAUUGUUCGCCUCGCUAUUUACCAUGUUCUUUAUUUAAGCCUAGGGCACAAGAUUCAAUUCGAUUUCAGAGACUUGGCAUUUGAUGGCAUCUUUCAUAUUUGUAAGGAUAGACGGUUGUUGGGAACCGAGGGCAGCGCCAGAAGGCAGCCUAACAAUACAGAUAGGCUAUAAAGCGGCUGGAUCAUGUUAUCUGUUCCGUACAUCGCACUUUUCAUACCGAUAUAUACCCGCUCUAGACACAUCCGAACUGCUUGCAGAGCAGCCACACAACUCCUGCCAAACCCGUGCUGUGCUGUCAGCAGACCAGACAUGAAAGUCAUUUGCAGAUCAGG